GAAAUGCAAGAUGGCUGCACAUUCGGGAGGAAUAGAUUGGUCAGCGGUGUUAAAACCAUUUUUAACUAGUUCAGGAGAAAGUGCUGGCAAAAAUGAUACGCUAAAUUUGGUGAAAACUAUAAUUCACAGUGAAAAUGAAAUCCUUGAUCAUGAUGUCAGUCACAAGCAGUUUUUCGACAGCUUGGUCGUGUUGGCUGCGGAAAACAUUACAAAUCAAGUCACAUCACUCUCCCAGACGCAGUUACCGCAGUUUGCUGAAGCUGCCACUGUUCUUAUUCGUUACGUCAUGCAACACUUGGAUGUCCAAGCAACAAAUAAACCUAGCAUCUUGUUGAUGGCGCUGAAAGUGCUUUGUGAAGGACGUAAAGAACAUGAACAUGCCGCUGGUAGUUCAGCGGUUUCGUCGAUAAUAUCCGCUUCCGGUAUGAAAUAUAUCAAAUAUCCAGAAGCGCACAGUAAAUCGUCGGCUGUGGGUAGUGGUAGUAGCUCGUCUGGAGUUGGUGUCGGUGCCGGUUCAACCGGUUCUGAAAAAGAUAGCCCUAAGAGUGAAAUGAAACGCUCGCGUUCUGAUCUAUCGACUGUUAUAUUGCAACAACUUACGACACCAUUGGGAGCUGGUGUGUUCACUUUUGCUACACUAAGCGAAGAGCAAAUUGAUUGCACGGACCUUUUCGUCAAAGCGAACAUUCAAUAUUUACAAGCGACUAAUGGAGGUGACACGUUGUUCAAAUGGUGUACACAUUCGUUGAUAACUUUGUCGAAAUAUCGCAUUAAAUACGAAGAAUGCACCAUGCAAGGCAAACCCUUGUAUCUCCCUAUUACAACAACAGAGGCAACGGCUGUCAAGGCGAAUCUUGCCCAAAUUGAAUCAGACAUUUCUAACCUGUUACUGGCAGUUUCGUUGCCAGUUUUGGAACCACUGACACCCAACAAGAUUACUCUUCUCUCACAAUGUGCAAUGUCAGCUUUGUACUGUGCUGUUUUAACUUCAACAGCUAUCAGUGUUCUCUCGAUGGCCGCUAGUGGCUCACAGAAAAGCGCUUCUUCGACGCAGCUUCAACAAAAAGAGCAGCAGUCAUCUGGGACACAAACUCAAAAGGAAAAUGACGAAGAGGAGGAUUAUGCCAGAAUUAUAGUCGAUCGCGGGCUAGAAAUUUUUACCAAAAUAGGAAGCAUACUGAAAAGUUCGACCCGCACCCACAUUUAUCAGAAUCACGUUUGUAUGGGAGCUUGGUUGUUGAUCUAUGGAAUCCAAGGCACUAUGGGUGCUUCUGGGAAUCCUGCUGGUGGCAAUAUUCAACAGGCUGCUAACGUAAAAGCUUCGGAAGAAAGUUUAAAAGGAAGAAGCCCCUUGAAAACUUUGGAUGUACCGCAGAUGGCUUCAGCAGUUCCAUCUCCUGCAUUGCGAGUUAAUCUAUUUAAAGUCCAGCAAGGAUUCGGUGUUCUUAAUGCAGCAAUAGCUCGACACAGCAUUUCACUGUUGACAGAAUUAAUUGAUGAUUUGAAAAUCGACUCUCGCUCAGACGACGAUGAGUACAGUAGCAUAGAAUCCGCUGGAUUCGAUAUUCUAGGACAGUAUACUUCAAUUCAACGUGUGGUACGCGUUCUUAACAGCGCAACACUGCAACAAUUAAUGACAUUUUUGGCAACGGUUUCGUAUAGAAAGGCAUGCACCCUUCGUAGGAUUAACACCAAGAGCAACAAUGAAGGCGAGCCAAUGAGCUACAGUGAUUCUACAACUUAUUAUAAUGAUACGUUCUCUUGCUCUGAGGAGAGUGAGCCAGAAGAGGAAGAUAGUGACAGCUACUUAGGACUUUGGUUCAAAGAAACAUUAUCCCCGGAAGCCAAUGAAGAGCUUGCUGAGUCACAGGAACAAGAGAAGAAAGAUGAAAAACGACAUGGCAGUAAUCUGGUUUCGGCCAAGGAUGAACCUCACGAAUAUCUCAAUCUGAGCUCGUUAAUUUUCAACUUUUUCGAUGUAUCACUCGGAGGACAACAUAUUUAUCUAAACCGAUACGUUCGAACAGGAUUGAGUGAGCAACAGAUGGUUUUACUGGCAAACAUUUUGCGUGAUCUGGAUCGUGAUUCCGCUAGAGGCGAACCGGAAAAUUCAGGCUGUCUACAAUGGCAGAACGCGAUGGUGAAAUUUUCCGGUUCUGUUGGUCGUUAUUUGCACAAUUUAAUAUCCAACUCCCUUCUGAAUGAGUCUUUGCAAUCGGCUCUUCUUCUUCACCUCGGAGUUUCUCCAUGGACACAAGAUUCAAAUAUUUGGCCUCUUCAAGUAUACUCACGUACGUUAGCUGUACUUGUACAAAUACUUCUAUUGAAACCAUCACAAGAAAAGGAAGCAGCUUGCUUGUCGGUUUGGCAUCGUCUAGUGAACACAUUGGUUGAAGGUGUUUGUUCGACUCAGACUAUUCCGAAUGAAUCUGAAACUGAAGAUUUGAACGUUGAACAUGCACAACUGUUACUCUUUUUGUUCCAUUCCCUCAACCUGAUGCAAAAGAAAUCAAUACUGUUAUUAACUGCUGGUGGAGUAAUUCGCUGCUCUGAAGUAUGCCGUUCAGUUACUCCCGAAAAACCUCUACGUGACAAUCAGAUUAUGCUGUUGUCGAGAUUGCUGCUGUUCCUGGAAUAUCUAAUGAAACAUUUGUACAAUCCACCGAACGUUUUGUUGGAGCAAGUUCGCUGGAAUUUAUUCAGCGUGUUCACGCUAGAUUCGGAUCAAAAAAUCUCCGAUCUCAUCAACUAUAAAACCAAAAUGAUGUCGUUUUGUCGCAAAGAUAUUGAAGAUAAACAUCGGAAGCUAGCAAACGAGUUCAGUGUAGGAGGGGUGAAACCGAAGUUCUAUUCGUUAACUACGGUGGAUGCCAAAAUUCAGCAGGAAUUUAAGCUGGAUGGACUUGCCUGGAAUUUCAUUCUCUGCACUCCGGAUAAAUUGAAAUAUCCAUGGUUGAUAGACGCUUUGAUCGAUAUUCUUAGUAUUACGGAUAUGUGUGUUGCUAAAAUUCCGUUUCAGACGCUCUGUGCUGUACAUUAUUGCUUCAGUUUGUGCUGGAAGCUGUUAUUAGGAUUGCCGCCCUCAACACAACACGUCGAGGCACUUAUGCAGGAGAAGAUACCAAACUUACAUUCACUGUUAUGGUCGAUUCGCUGUCUCCACCCUAUAACGCAUUCUCAUUAUCUAAUUGUGAAUAGUUUAGUGAAGCAGGGUAUGUACACACAAUCGGCGGAAGCGCUUUGGAACCGACUUACCGAUCAUGUAUCCGAUGUCAAAUAUAGUCUCAAGCUGACUGUAUUGGGUCUUGAGUCUUUUUCUGAAACUUUUGUACCGGAACAACCGCAGCUAUCCAAAAUUAUUCUGUUGGAUAGUUUGGUAUCGCAUCUUUAUGCUAUAUGCUGGGCUGAAAAGGAAGGUGUUAAUAUUAAAACGAAAUCUAACAAUAACAGUAGCAGUUCAUCCAGUAGCAGUAGCACCAGUUCUACUAGCAGUACCAGCAGCUCAACGUCAACUUGUUCUAGCGGAAGCGAUUCCAGUGUUGGAACAACCGGUGUGGGCAACCAACAGCAGCUUAGUGUGUCUCCGGGAACUGUUACUAGUGCUGACGCUUCUACAACAACGGGAUCCGGUCUGGAAACUGCAAAAAUGGCUUCACGCAAUGAUUUGACUAGAAGCGUAAUGGCCAAACUAAUUGAAGUGUUAGACAUUGUCAAAGAAGCAACCUAUAAAACAAUGUUCCAAAAUUUAAGUGGACAAAUUCCAGCUACCUUGAUCGAACCAUUGAUAGCCAUUUGUGGUUCUAAAAAUACCUUCUGUCAAGAUUUAUCUACCCAAUUGAUUGCAUUGAUUACUGGCCAAGAUAAAGAUGUUAUUUCUGUAGAAUGGCGCAAGAACUUGUCCAUUUCCAGCGAGGAUAAUUUCACUACUGGAUCAUUCCCGGUGGAAGUGCAUACCCUAACUGUCAUCGAUGGUCAUCUCACGGAAACGUCGAAACAUUUAACGUAUUCAAUUCUACUCUCGCUAAAACACGCACUAAAGUCGUGUAUUAAUCUAAUCUUCUACAUGUUGCCGAAUUACGACGAUAAACAACUAGAUGACGAAUUGAAGGGAAUUCUUAUACCGAUGGUGUUUGAUCUCCGGUCGGAAUAUCUGUACGACGUGGUGAACAAGUGUUUGGAAUCGCUUCUAAGUGGCGAUGCUAGCUCAGAGACCUAUCAGCUGCUAGCGUACUCAAACAUACUUCAACACAGCUAUCAAUUUUUGAUCGAAUACACCGAACUAUCUGCUCAAGGACAAUCGAUUAAUAUCGAAGAAACCGUUUUACACAGUAUAAUCAAGUUUUGGGAAUCUAUGCUAGACAAAAGUAUGGGUCUGAAAGCCAUGCGCGAGUUUUUCUAUGGAAACAAAAAAGGCAAUCUUGUGCAAGUUUUGCUGUCAUUCACCGGCACUAGUCUGUCACAGAAAUAUGCAACCAAAGUGUUACUGUUCUUUGAGAAACUUUUUUCUACUUCCGAAAAACUCGACGCCCAAUUCGAUGAAGAAGAAGUUGGCUGUUGCAUCGGUGAACUUGCAAAUACGGAUGCAUCAAAACUGAAAAACUGGCUCAGUCACAUUCUGCUUGGGCCUCGGGGAGUCAAUUCGAAUUCCGUCGGUUCGAAUGCAUCCAGUAACGUUCCAACACCGACUAAUAUGGCAACAGUGUCGGCCAUACCUAGUAUUACCGACCAGUUGGCGGUGUCGGCAAUAUCGGACAACAAUACUGGCAAUAAUGCAUCGGUCGGUGGUGACCCGGAUGCAAUGGACAUCGAUUACGAGUGUAUGCCGUGGCAAAGGGAUACGAGUCGCACCGGAAAUGAUACCGUCGACGAAGCAUUGGAAAAGAAUGGGAAGUUGUUGCAGGUCUUGGUCAAAUACAUUGUUGCUGAGAAUAGGAUAUCCUCGUCCGUAUCCGAAGCUUUGUUCCAGGCUUUGAUUCAAAUAGGACACAAUUUACUUUGUCCAGCACAGGAAGCAAUCGAAUUUUCUGACCUGCUACAAGUUAUGAUUACACUAGCAGACGCAGGGAAAGGUCGCGGCCAUGCGGUUCUAUUUACAGCCGCAAUCGAUUGGUUGGAGAUUUCCAAGAAUCAAGUUCUUGAAAGUAAGGUAAACCGAAGUAGUCCGAAGACUGCAGUUCAACUGGAAAAUGUUACGGCGAUCCUUAAGUAUAUGAGUGAUCUGCUACUUGGUUUAGGAGCAUCGGGCAGUCGUUCGGUUAAUCCUCCAUGGGAGGAAGAAACGCCGUUAGAUGCAGAGGAUAUUUUGGAUGAUUUAGGAGGUGAUGACGAUGAUAGUGCCGUUGAAGAUUCCGACGAAGAUAGUCUCAGUAACAAACUAUGUACUUUUUCGAUAACUCAGAAAGAUUUUAUGAACCAACAUUGGUAUUACUGUCACACCUGCAAAAUGGUUGAUGGUGUAGGUGUUUGUUCUGUCUGCGCUCGCGUAUGUCAUAAAAAUCACGACAUUAGUUACGCCAAGUAUGGCAACUUUUUCUGCGAUUGUGGAGCGAAAGAGGACGGUUCUUGCCAAGCGUUGUCUCGACGUAGUACCGCUGGUCAUGUCGAUGAUUCUAUUCUCGGUUCCGCUUUACCAAGAUCUUCUGAAGCUGAUUCGGUUAUGUUAACCAGUUCUCUUCGUCGACGUGCUUCUAGCCCAACAAAUCAAACGAAUCAAUCCGGAAAUGCUCAGAUGUCGGAAAAGAAGUUAUUGCUGGCAAAGAUUAUAGAAAGUUCCAAAGAUGCUCUCGGUAGUCCAGACCAAUGGAAGGUUGUCGUUCGUUGUAUUUUGUCAUUCUUUAAUUCGCUUAUGCCGGCUAUAAAAGAUCAUUGCGCCAAAUACUCGACUGUUGGAUGUCAUCUUCGAGCACGGAACGCUCUGGAGCGUUUACAUCAACCGGAAAAAUCGUACGCAUUCAAUGAUCAAAUCAUGGUUGCGACACUCGGAUCCCAAGAAGGAGCAUUUGAAAAUGUGCGCAUGAACUUUUCUGGAGAGCAAGGACAAACCAUCAAACAACUGCUCUCUUCGAAUCUGGUGCGCCGCGUGGCUUUGUGCUGUUUAGCUUCCCCCCAUGGUAAACGUCAGCAGCUGGCAGUUUCUCACGAGAAAGGAAAGGUGACGAUACUCCAGUUAUCUGCUUUAUUGAAGCAAGCUGAUGCAGCUAAGAAAAAACUGACUCUAACCAGAUUGGCAUCGGCUCCCAUACCGUGUACUGUUCUUUCGCUUGCUUCAAAUCCUGCUAACGAAGACUUUCUAGCUGUGUGCGGACUAAAGGAAUGUCACAUUCUAACCUUCACCAGCACUGGAGCCACAAAUGAGCACAUAAUAUUGACACCGCAGCUCGAAACCGGUAAUUUUAUUAAACGUGCAAUUUGGCUACCGUGCUCACAAACAAAACUGGCUCUGGUGACUGCGGAUUUUGUCAAAAUAUACGAUCUUGCAGAUGAUAGCUACAGUCCUCAAUAUUACUUCCUUGUACCAAGUGGAAAGAUCCGUGAUUGUACAUUCGUUUACCAAGAAGAGACAUAUUAUAUGCUGAUAAUGUCGUCACAUGGCUACAUCUAUACCCAACCGUUGAGCGAUGAAAGUUUAGCUAAACAUGGCCCAUUUUACGUAACAAGCACACUAGAACUCGAUCAUCCAUCAAUUACCGACGACAACGGGCAAAUUCUUUCUGGCGGUGUUUCAAUCUAUUAUUCUCAUGUGCUUCAGAUGCUGUUUUUCAGUUAUGUCGCUGGCCGCAACUUUAUGGCUCCGUUAUCCAAUGUCAAUCAAGGAGUGAAGUGUGUUAUUAAUCUUAUUUCGAAUCCAGCAUCAAAAGUAUUUUCCAAAUCAACAACUCAACCAUUAUGCCAAUGGACCGAAAUUCCCGGACAUCCAGGAUUAAUUUGUGCAAUGAUGCAAAAUUUAAAUAAUCCUGUUAUUUUCAUGAUCAAGCCGGACGGUUAUGUUGCUCAAGAAAUUAAGGCUCAAAACGCGAAAGCAAAAAUAAUGGACAUGGUAGCGAUUCGUCAUUCGGUUUCCGGUGUGGAAAAAACAACACUGAUUCUGCUUUGUGAAGACGGUAGUCUCAGAAUAUACGCGGCACAUCCGGAAAACACGGGCUACUGGCUAUCGCCGGAAAUUCAACCAAUCGGUAAUCAAUUCCAAACCGGAGCCUAUUCGAAAUCAAGAAAAUCUAAAAAAUCGAACAAACAAACAAGUGGUGGGCAAUCGAACGGGAAGAGUGGUAGCAGCUCAGCUCCAACCUUCCCGAUCGAUUUCUUUGAGCACUGCACACUAAUGAACGAAGUUGAGUACGGCGGAAAUGAUCUUCUGCAAAUUUAUAAUACACAGCACUUGAAACAUCGACUCAAUUCAACCGGAUUGUAUGUUACAUCUACUCGAGUCAACGGUUUUACCCUGGAUGUGAUGAACAAUGAUCCCAAUAUGGUCAUGACAGGUGUUCGCAUCUCGAUUGGAUCACAGGAUGUGAGCAAAGCUCCACAAAGCGUUACUAUACUAGGAAGAGUAAUACCAACGGUACCAACCCGGGCCCGAUGGUUCGAUAUUCCGUUGACCCGCGAAGAAAGUCUACAAAGCGACAAAAAGCUAAGCAUUCUUUUUGGACCUUCUCAUGACGCUGAAAAUAUUACCAUUCUGGAUAGUAUCAAAAUCUAUGGCAAAACAAAGGACGUUUUUGGGUGGCCCGAAGAGUCUGAGGAUGUAGGAUCGUCACAGAUGAACUCCGUUGUACAAGCUCCAGGACAGAUCGCUAGCACAACAAAUGUCAAUGAAAACGUAGAUGCUAGUGGGAGCUCCGGAAUGACGGUUACUCCUCUGGAUAAAAUGGUAUCUACAAUGUUGCAAGUCCUAGACAGUGGUGUUUCACUUCUUGGCGGACCGAAUAGCGAGGAAAGUUGUAGACAAACGGCGGUAGAUGUUGCAACGUCUUUGAUUCUCUACCCAACUACCAAUCAAGUGCAACAGGAUGCACGUAACCUUUUGGUAGCUUGCCAACCAACUAAAACAGCUUAUCAUAACUACAAAGAUAAAGAAGUGCUAGCCGAUAUAAAUGAGCACUUGCAAAAAAUGACCGAUGCUAGGGACUACCGAAACAUUGACCCCGAAGCCUUUUACCGGGUGGUGCUUAUGACCCGGGCAAUCGCUAUUCAAAGACCUCAAUCAUUGGCAAAGAUCUGCUCAGAAAACAACUACCCAAUUUUGCAACAACUAAUGACUCUCAUGAAAGACUUGCACAAAAUCACACCCGCUUAUGAAGAACCUCUAGCUAUAAUCAAGCAAGGUUUAUCGCAUGUCGAAGCCGUCGUUUACUCACUGGUCGAGAUUAUUUACGCGUUCGCGUUAUCAGAGAGCGACAUGAUUGAGCCGAUGACCAAAUUUUUCGUUGAUCUUUUGCUUGAUCCUGCACCCAUUAUUAGCCACAGUGCUAAACAAGCAAUGAUCCGUUUGCUACGACCCAAAAUUCGCAGGCGCAAGGUUCUCAUCGAAAGUCCUCCCGUCUGUUCCACUCCGACCCCAGCCGCUGCUAGUUCCAUUCUACCAGGGCCAUCGACUUCGUCUUUACCUUCUACCUCGUCAGCUGGAGCGGUAGGAUCUGUUGGUACAGCUGCUUCCAGUAGUAGCGCAGCUGAAGAUUUUGCAAGUGCUAUGCAAGAAGUUGAUGCAAUUGAAUCACUUGGACUCGAACCGUCCGGGGGAAAUCAAGCAUUGGCAUCACUGGAAGCUUUACUAGGAGUAGGCUUUCCGCAUCUACUAGAAACUCCAGAUGCCGACGACGAAACCAUUAUGGAAAUUGCCAUUGCAUUGAGCUUGCAAGAUAAUGAAACAGAUUUGGCAGCCCUUCAGCAAAGCAUUGCACAAUAUCAAGGAAGAAAUCGCAACCAAGCCCAAGGUUUGCCAGCUGCAAUUGCCGGUGGUUCUUCAUUUAAUGUAGAAUCUAAUACUUCUGGUGGUGGAUCUGACGAUGACGAAAUAUCUAAUGUUGCAACAGAGGGAUCUACACUGCGCACUUCACCAGCUGGUGAACACGGCGGUAGUGGCAGUGGAGGAUCGGAGAGUGGCUGCAGUGGAGUAGAAAGUAUAGGCGGAACAUCAGGGCGUAGCUCUACAUACGAUGAACAACCAAAUCCGUCACCCCCAAGAACAUCUGGAGUGGAUCAGAUACCUCCACAGCCGAUGGCUCCGCCAGAAAUGGAGGACACUGGAAGCGAAAACGCAUGUAAACUACAUGUGCUAAGAUAUUCGAUACUUAAUAAAUUGGUCGAUAAUUUUGCCUCGCUUGACACUGUAAACGGAUCGCAGUGCAUUCCAUUUAUGCAAACAAUUUUAAUGCUGACAUCGGACUUGGAUGGUAGUCAGGAGGCCGACCAACAGGUUAUGAAUCGUUUGCUGCAAGCGCUGAUUGACCGACUUGAGAUUCCGUCGACUAAAAUCUACCAGAUGUCAACUCGGACUACAAAAACUGAAGUUCAGCUAAUAAUCCUACGUUUAGUUGGUGUUCUGAUGGGUAAAGUAAAAUCCAAAUCAUCAAAUUCAUCUUCUGCUGUCGUUGGAUCAUCUGCAGCCGUCAACCAAGCAAUUCUCGAUAACGCAACAUUCGUGGCCCAGGCUACAGCUAACACUCUAAUGAAGAAUAAUGCCAUUCCGUAUUGUUUGAUGAUCAUGGAAUCGUUUCUACCACACUGGAAACAUGUCGCUAACAGUGAAGAACUUGUUUCUGGAGCGAAUACUGCUAACACAUCUACCGGACCUGUCAUAACAACUCCAGGAGGAACACCGACAAACAGUUUACUGAAACCAACACUUUACGGACUAUCGCCAGACAUGCAACCAUUCUUCGCCCGGCAAUAUGUAAAGGGUUGUACAGAUGUAUUUGAAUUAUAUCCACAAGUUCUCACUGAGAUGGCUGUUCGUCUACCGUACCAGAUUCUUAAGCUAUCCUCAGGACAUCCAUCAUCCCAUGAAUGGUACCAUUCUUUGUGCGAAUACAUGACGAACACAUUGUGCGAAUAUAUGAUGUACAUGCAAUCGCCAGUUUUGCGUCGACAAGUCCGCAAACUUCUGCUUUACAUUUGUGGAAACAAAGAGAAAUAUCGUCAACUGAGAGAUCUACACUCUCUGGAUACUCACAUGAAAGCUGUCAAGAAGUGUUGCGACGGACGUGUGCAAGUUGCUUCGAUUGGUUCUGGUACAUGCCCAAUUUUGAGCUAUGAUUCGCUAGUGGAGUUAACAGAGCAUUUCCGAUCUUGCCAGGAGAUUGCCUCUAUCCGUACUGGUAAUUGGCAAAAGUUCUGUCUUCGAAAUUCAGAUGUUCUUUCGACUUUGUUGAACAUUAGUUGUUGCCAGCUCGAAGAAGGUGUAUCUUCAAUCAUACUGCAGUUACUGCAAUCGGCAAUGUGUAACACGCAGGGUAAUAAACAGGAUUCGACCAGUAAUGCUGGAUCAUCCAGCAUAAAGAUUUCUGUAAUGAAAGACCGCAAGGACCGUGAUAAAUCGGAAGAAUCAGAUACGGCAGCUGAGUCCAGAUUCGAUCCAGGUCAAUGCGUGGCUCUUGUAUCUCAAAUUUUCAAUCAAGUUCUAAUGCAAACCAUGACUAUCUUCAUCCGUAGUUUCUUACUUGAAACGAAUUCAACUGCUAUUCGCUGGCAGGCACACAGUUUAGUCUACGCUUUCUACGAAAACAGCACGGAGUCCAACAAGGAACAACUUCUGCAAUGUCUUUGGGGACUAUGGCCAUUGCUACCAGCUUAUGGAAAACGAACCGCUCAGUUUGUAGACCUACUGGGAUUCCUAACUUUGAACACCAAAUCUUUAAGUGACAAACUUCCCGAUUAUACGGCACAAGCUGUCUCUGUCCUUCGGCAGCAGAAUGAACUACUCACCAGACACCCGAACGCACCAAUCUAUACUGCCCUCGGUCACGUUCUAGAGCUAGAAGGAUUUUAUCUUGAAUCAGAACCGUGUUUAGUAUGCAACAAUCCAGAGGUUCCCUAUUCCAACAUAAAACUGUCUACCAUCAAAGUCGAUUCCAAGUUUACCACAACGACAACUAUUGUAAAGUUGGUUCAAAGUCACACUAUAUCGAAAAUUAUUCUUCGUAUUGCUGAUCUGAAGCGUGCCAAGAUGGUUCGUACGAUAAAUAUCUACUACAACAACCGUACCGUACAAGCAGUAGUGGAACUGAAAAAUCGCCCUUCAAUGUGGCAUAAAGCCCGAAAAGUUACGUUACAAUCCGGUCAGACGGACGUGAAGGUCGAUUUCUCUCUACCGAUCACAGCGUGCAAUUUGAUGAUUGAGUAUGCGGAUUUCUACGAAACCGUCAGUGGUUCUAGUGAAAGUUUACAGUGCCCACGCUGUAGUGCGAUUGUUGCUGCAAAUCCGGGAGUUUGCGGCAACUGUGGUGAAAACGUUUUCCAAUGCCAUAAAUGUCGAGCUAUAAACUAUGACGAAAAAGAUCCGUUUUUGUGUCAUUCGUGCGGUUUUUGCAAGUAUGCUAAAUUCGACUACAGCAUCUUUGGUCGGGUUUGCUGUGCUGUUGAUCCCAUCGAGUCUUCAGAAGAUCGAACCAAAACAGUGCAAACGAUCCAUGCCUCACUGGAAAAAGCAGACCGUUCGUACAAGACGCUGCAGAACAAUAAGCAAAUUUUGGAACUGUUAGUUCAAAAGGUUGCCGAGCACAAAUUGGACCGAACAUUUGACGAAACGUUGAUCGGGUCGGUGGUUGGUUCGUCUCAAGUCAACAAAGUUAUACAACUGUUAGCCCAAAAGUACUGCGUGGAGUCGAAGUCAACGUUUGAAGAAUUGAGUAAGAUUAUCCAGAAAGUACAGGCGUGCAGAAGGGAACUUGUUGCGUACGACCGCAGUCAAAUGGAUUCGCCGAGUGGUGGAACUUUAGCUCACGCAUCGGUUCUUGAUAAAACCGUUGCCAUGAAUAAAUGUUAUGGCUGCGCCUUAGCAUCCACAGAACAGUGUUUGACGUUAUUGCGUGCGAUGGCGUCCAACAUGCAGUGUCGGAUUGGGCUGUGUAACCAAGGAUUGGUUCAGGAGCUGGCACACAAUAACCUUCGGCGUGGAACGAAUCAAAUUCAAGAUGAAGUUCGCCAGUUGCUAUGUUUGCUAACUCGAGACCUGCCAGAUGCAACUGCCGGUUUGUGUCAAUUGCUACAGGAUCGAGUAAAAAUGGCUUUGAGUGGUUCAGUCCCGCUGGCAAAUUUGGAUGCUGCUGUUCGCCAUGAAAUGGCACUAUUGGAAGCUAUGACGUCUCAAGAUGAUUCAUGCUGGGAGCUAAAACUUAAAGCGGUUAUUGAACUGUUUUUGCAGGCAUCCAGAGAUGUCCGUGGUCCUGCCGUUGCUGUCAUUCAGCCGUGUCUUCGUAUAGUUCAAUCGCUUAUGUGUCCACCGCUUCCAAACAGUAAAACGAACAAAGAUCUAACAACCCAGGAACUGUGCACCGUUCAACCCGUAGAAGGGCUCACUGUAAGUUACGAAAAAUGGAUCGUUGGUGAUCCACAACAUUCGUUUUCUGCAUGGAAAGCCCGAAUGCCACCCAUAACGGGCACGGCAACUCCCAGAGCAGAGGAUAGUUCGAUUCAGCUAGCGCAAACGGCUGCGGGAGGUGCAACUGCCGGAUCGCACCAAAUAACUCCCAUCAGUUUCCGUUCUGCUCUAGAGCAGAAACGUAAUCAAUUUAGAAAUGCCUACCUGUUUGAGAAAUAUGGAAAACGAUGGCGUGAGAAAGUACUAAGCAAGGGAGUUAACGCAAUUCCAUUGGAAUUAACUGCUGCAUGGCUGCAACCAGUACUAUUCAAUACUAAUUCUCGUUUGGGACGGCAAUUGGCUUGCGCUUUGGUUACCUCUCUCAGCAGAACUACGGAACGAAGACGUGAAAUCUUGGAUCUUUUGACUACUUUCUUGAAACAUAUUGGCGAAAGUGGUGAAGCUAGCUCGGAAUUUAUUGCACUCUAUCGAAUUUUAGCGGAUGAAACACCCUGGAGGCAGUAUCUAGCCCUAAAAGGAGUGUUAACGUUAACUGCAAAUCUACUAACAGUUGAGAUUGAAAAAAUACAUCGCUUGGAAGAAACAACAUUGUCUUCAGAUUUAGCACAAGGAUAUGCAUUGAGGCAGUUAGUUGAGCUUAUGGCUAUGUUCCUAGAUAAUCCUCCUAUUCGAAAAACAUACAAAGGAAAACUGUUGGGAUCAGUCCUGCAGGGAUAUUUGAAUCUUCGAAAGUUGGUUGUCCAAAGAACUCGUAUGAUCGACGACGCUCAGGAAAAGCUUUUGGAAAUGUUGGAAGAAAUGACAACCGGUACAGAGGAGGAAACAGCAGCAUUCAUGGCUGUUUGUAUUGACACAGUUAGAAAAACUUCGACUACUGAUGUAAAGACCCCAGUUUUUAUGUUUGAACGUCUGUGUUCAAUUAUUCAUCCUGAGGAAAAUGACGUUGGAGAGUUCUUCUUAACACUGGAAAAAGAUCCACAACAGGAGGACUUUUUGCAAGGACGCAUGUUGGGCAAUCCUUACCCGUCAAAUGAAGCUGGAUUGGGUCCGCUGAUGAGAGAUGUCAAGAACAAAAUUUGUAUUGAUUGUGAGCUGGUUGCUCUGCUCGACGAUGACAACGGAAUGGAACUUUUGGUACAUAACAAAAUUAUCAGCUUGGAUCUACCAGUUAAAGAAGUUUACAAGAAAGUGUGGCUUCAGGAGGGAGGCGAGCGAGAUGCUAUGAGAAUAGUAUACCGUAUGCGUGGUCUUCUCGGUGAUGCUACGGAAGAGUUCAUAGAAACUCUAAAUGCUAAGAGUCAGGAAGAGGUCGACAACGAACAGCUGUACCGAAUGGCUAAUGUUUUGGCAGACUGUGACGGAUUAAAGGUCAUGCUUGAACGCAUUGGUAGUUUGCAGAAUGUAUCGAAAUCUCGAACACUGCUACAAGUAUUGCUUAAAUUGUUCCUUUUGAGCGUGAAAGUUCGUCGUUGUCAGGAAGUUCUGUGUCAACCGGAACUGGGCGCUAUAAAUACUCUGUUAAAAGUUUUACAGCUCUGUCUGCAGAGCGAAAAUGAUGCACAGCAAUCUGCAGUCACAGAAAAACUGCUUGAGAUAAUGGAAACUAUAUUGUCCAAAGCUGCAUCGGAUACACUAGAUUCGUUUCUUCAAUUCUCUCUUACAUUUGGAGGGCCAGAAUAUGUACAGGCCCUACUAUCCUGCACGAACUGUGCUAAUGUGCGGAACAGUCCAUCCGUUUUGAGACAUUUGAUACGAGUAUUGGCGGCACUUGUUUAUGGAAACGAUAUCAAAAUGGCUUUACUAUGCGAACAUUUCAAAGAAGUUUUCGAUUUUAAUAAGUUUGACGCGGAUCGAACCCCGGAGGACGAGUUUAAGCUGGAAUUAUUCUGCGUUUUGACCACUGGCAUUGAGCACAAUUCAAUAGGGGGCACCCUUAAGGAUUACAUUAUGAGCUUGGGCAUUGUUGAGAAAGCAUUAGAAUACAUUAGAAGUCAUGCACCGUGUGUGAAGCCAACUUUGCUUAGAACCGACUCGGACGAAUUAAAAGAAUUUAUUUCACGUGCAUCUUUGAAGUACAUUUUAAGAUUCCUGACUGGUUUGGCAACAAAGCAUGAAGCCACACAACUGGCCGUAGCAAAGGACAUCAUUCCGAUAAUUCAUCGUUUGGAGCAAGUUUCAAGUGACGAACACGUCGGAUCAUUGGCUGAAAAUUUGUUGGAAGCCCUGUGCACUGAACCGGCCACAGCAAAACGAGUUCAAGAAGUACGUGAUUUCACCCGGGCAGAAAAGAAACGUUUAGCUAUGGCGACUCGAGAGAAGCAACUGGAUGCGCUCGGCAUGAGAACCAACGAUAAAGGUCAGGUCACUGCUAAAGGCUCCAUUUUGUCUCAAAUCGAAAAGUUGCGAGAGGAAACUGGAUUGGCUUGUUUCAUUUGCCGCGAAGGAUAUGCGUGUCAGCCUAACAAAGUUCUUGGAAUUUACACCUUCACCAAACGAGCAAAUGUCGAGGAAUUUGAAAUGAAAAAGAAAACUGUUGGAUAUACUACGGUAACUCAUUUCAACAUAGUUCACGUCGACUGCCACAUGUCGGCAAUUAGAUUGGCAAGAAGUCGAGACGAAUGGGAAAGCGCAUCGUUACAAAAUGCCAAUACCCGUUGCAACGGUUUGCUUCCACUUUGGGGUCCAGAUGUAAGCGAAUCAGCAUUCUCAUCUUGUAUGGCUCGUCACAACAACUACAUGCAGGAAUCGACUCAACGCUGUGAAAUAACAUUCAGUAGUUCGAUUCAUGAUUUGAAAUUACUGCUUGUUCGUUUCGCCCAAGAGAAAAGUUUCCACGAAGAUGCCGGGGGCGGUGGCCCUCAAUCCAACAUGCACCUAGUCCCGUACUUGCUAUUUUAUAGUCUUUAUACGCUCCUGUCAUCCCGUUCGUACUCUCGCGAAGAAAUGAUACUUACUGCAUAUAUAACUCAUAAACCAUCGGAUCGUUGGUUAGAAUGCGCAUAUGAGGCAGAGGGCCCGCUGUAUUUGAUCGUGAUGUCGUUGGCAUUACACACCCCAGCAAUCUGGAAUAAUAAUAAGGUAGCCCACUUGAAACGACUUAUUACCGUUGGGCACGCUCGUCACGUUAGUCCUAACACAAUUUGCAAGUUUGUUGCGCCUAACGACAAAACCCAGAAGGAUUAUACUGUGUACAAGCCAUAUCUAAUGCUUUGGGGCUUGGUAGAUUUAAUUUAUAAAAAUUUCUUCCGCACGGUAACAACUCCGAAGGAUGAAGAUUGGCCGAUAUCUCUGUUCGACUAUUUACGCCGUAACGAUGAAGCUAUGCUUAAAAAUGCUGAUGGUACCCUGGAAACUUUCACUGAUGAGUAUCUACCUUGUACAUCAUUUGGGGAAUUUUGUGAUGUUGCUGGUUUACUUAGCGAUAUCGAAGAUCCGGACAGCUGGAUGGAUGAACUAUUGCAAUCGUUGCCGUCUCCAGGAUCUACCACAGUUUCUACGACGGUUACCAACACAGCGUCAUCUGGUAACAACGCUCCUGGGUUGGGUGGUUCAUCAUCGACUGCUUGAGCUUGGCAGGAACUAUCGUUCGAAAGUGAACUGGUGGAAAACAACGAUGAUGAUGAUGAUUGGUGACGUUGAACUUUACAAAUUAUUUGAUAUACCAUACACAUUUGAAAACAGCAUAUGAACGACUGGAUAAUUAAAACCUAGCGUGAUUACAGUAAUUGAAAAAGAGCUUAGCUCGUUUAAAUAAAUGUACCUUUAGUACCGAUAAUCCCCAAAUUAAUCAUAAAAAUACAUACGUGUUUGUCUAUGCUAUCACUUUGAACGAUUGAAAUAAAUAUUUAGCAAUUCACAAA